UUGAAAUUUUAAUCAGAAAUUUAAAUUUUAACCACAGAUUAAAAUUUGUCUGAUGGAGGUGAAUGUCAUCAGUCUGACAUGUAACCACUCACGCUUGCCUAAUUAGAUGGGCAGAAGAACCAGUUAUGCCAUAUAGUGGCAUAGCAGCAACUAUACCUCUCCUUGUAUCUUUCAAGGACUUGAAAAACAGUGAAAUGAGCAACCCAUGUGAAAAGUGAAGCAAUGAAACUGAACAGCAGAUAACUGAGAAGCUCUUGGAUUGUGCUGCAUGCAUGAUGUAAAAGGGUAGCUAAAAGAAAGUGAGAAGCAGAUAAUUUUUCUGUACUCAUUUCUACUAUUGAACUUCCCACUCGCUAGAGAGGAAAUGGAUGCUACAGUUAUAAUACUUUGUAAAGUUCCAAUUGCUGCACAUCAAGAAGGAUAUUGUAGAGCUGGAAAAGGGUAAUCAAAAUGAUCAAAGAACUGAGGCAACUGGAGAAAAGGUCAAACACUUGGGGCUUUUUAACUUAGAAAAGAGGUUGGGAGACGUGUAAAUUAUGCAUGGUGUGGAGAAAAUGGCUAGGGAAAGGUUUUACUACCUCUUGUAUGAUACUACAACCUGGGUUAUCUGGUGAAGCUGAAAACUAGACAAGAGUGAAUACAGUACUUUCAUUUAUCUGCACACCCCUAUUUUAGUUUUUGUUUCUUGGUCAUGCUAAAGUGUGAUCACAACUUGGAAGAAGGGGACAAAAUGUUGGCAUUUUGCUUUUACACUUAUUGCACAGCGGUUUCUCAGAUGCUGUGUGUGAAACAUUUGCUGUGGGCCUGAAGAAAGCUGCUAAUGACAUGGUGCUGAGUCUUCCAGAUGAGCUUUGGAAUGGCCAGCCAAGAAACAGAAGUUCAGAGAUUGAUCCUAGAUAGUGAUUCAAUGAUCGAAGGAAUAAGUGACCAGGUCCUGCUGGCAGUGGUGCUUAGCAUCACAUUCCUUGCUGCACUGGCAUACAUGCUUUUAAGAAAUGCCCACCCAGCUAUUCAUCCAGAAAACCAAGAGCUAGUGAGAGCAAUUAGACAACAAAUACAAUCAGAACAGCAGAAUGUACUUGAAGACAGACAACGUUUCUAUACCGAUAUGUCAUGCCCAGUGUGUUUACAACAGGCUACAUUUCCCAUUGAAACAAACUGUGGACAUCUUUUUUGUGGUUCCUGCAUUAUUGCAUACUGGAGGUGUGGUCCAUGGGGAGGUGCAAUACAUUGCCCUAUCUGCAGGCAAACGGUAAUUUUAUUUUUACCUCUCUUCAGUGAGGGGCGAGAGGAUGCAGUGCAGGUGCUUCAGGAUGUCAGUGAUUACAACAGGAGAUUCUCAGGUCAGCCAAGAUCGGUAACUUUAUUUUUACCACUCUUCAAUGAAGAACAAGAGGAUGCAGUGCAGGUUCUUCAGGCUGUCAACGAUUACAACAGGAGAUUCUCAGGACAGCCAAGAUCGAUUAUGGAGAGGAUUAUGGAUCUGCCCACGUUAUUGCGCCAUGCGUUCAGAGAAAUGUUUUCCGUUGGCGGUCUCUUCUGGAUGUUCCGCAUCCGAAUAUUCCUCUGCCUCAUGGGAGCUUUGUUGUACCUGGCUUCUCCCCUGGAUUUUCUCCCCGAAGCCCUGUUUGGAAUUUUGGGGUUUUUAGAUGAUUUCUUUGUGGUGUUUCUGCUACUCAUCUAUAUAUCUAUAAUGUACCGAGAGGUUGUAACACAGAGACUGAACAGAUGAAGGCGAAUGUCAGUGACCAACAUUCAGGAGCACUAAGGGGGGUGCUUAACUAAAUGAGCCACUAUGAAAUAAUCAUCUUGACACAUUUUCAGUUUCUGCUAUUAAAUAGCUUCUAGCCAAACAUCUUAUGUAAGCAUGAAAAUUGUCAUAAUGGUGAUAGCGAACUGGAUUUUCAGUGUUUGUUAUAUAAAAGAGAUCUGAUUCAAUAUGUAAUAGACUGCUUACAUAUGUUUACAGUGGAUGAGUAAUUGUACGUUAUUCAAGCUACCACCAAUUAUAAGGGAAUUUCUUUUUGAAUGUUUAACAA